AUGUCUGCUCCUGCGACGGCCCCUGCCCCUGCGGAAGCUGCUGGCGGAGGCGGCGCCGGCGCCGCAGGGGACAAGCAGCGCUCUUCCACCGCCGCCGCCGCCGCCCCGCUCAACGUGGAAGGCAUCGACCUGCUGGAGAAAUGCGGCGUGUGCCGGGAGAGGCUGCGCUCCGAGCGGGACCCGCGCCUCCUGCCUUGCCUCCACACCGUCUGCAAGGAGUGCAUGAAGGUCGAGCCCGCCGCCGCCGCCGCCGCAGCAGCAGCCGGCGGCAACAACAAGGAUGGCCAAGGUGAGGUUGGCGGGGAAGAAGCGGGCGGCGGGUGAGAAGGAGCCCCUCCUGGCAGGGGUUGAGGCGGAGGAAGCUUGCGACGGAAUGGGAGGCGGGUGCAAAAGAUGUUGGCUUCCUAUCCCAUCCCCUUUAUCGUGGUCUUUAUGGGGGGGGCUUUGGUGUGGGAGGGAACGUCCUUGUUUUAUCCUCGUGCUCGCUAGGUCGAGAUAUAUAUAUAUAUAUAUUGCAAGAAGUGGCCUUGGGAGAGUGCGCGCGCGGGGGGGGGCGCGUCAGGCGUGCUGGUAUAAAUGGGAGUAAAAAAAUGGAGGAGACGUGGGGAAAAAAGGUGCAUGAGAGGAAUACCUAGUUUUGUACACGUUCCCCGCUCAAUUAAAAAAAAAAUAGCAUAUUUUGGGGUGGGGGUCGUGAGCAGGAGGCGGCGAGGGGGAGUGGAGGAAGGGACGUUGUGGAGAAGGAGGAGGAUGCGUGUAUGGCGGCGGCGGAGGUGCAGCGAGGGAGGCGUGGCCACGUGCAUUCCGACGAGGGGGGCAGCGACGCGUAUCGCGAGAAGUGCAGCUGCUGGUCUUUUUUUUUUGAGGUGGGGGGAAGCGACGGGUCCUUAUCUCUCCCCUCCUCGCCAUUCCCGCCUUUUCCAGGCCCGCCCUGGUUGCGUUGAGCAUUCCCAUAAGGAAUUUCUGCCUCUUUAUCCUCAAGGAUUUGUGGGAGGGAGAGGAAUGGAAUUGUAACAGAUGUUGGAAGCGUAACUUUUUGUUUUAUGCAUACAGUACUUAAGGUGCCUCGUUACAAGGGGGAAAGCUUGCGUGCUGUGGAGCGGACAUUAAUUCCCUGAGUUGAAUAUGGGGUACGCCCACAAAAAAACAGCAUGUGAGACUUCAGUCAAAGUUGGUGAGAGAACAUCUAGGAAAGCAUGCAUAGGAGGAGUACACUGCAAUGGGUUCAGAAACAUCUCUAAAUGGGUUAAUUAAAAGCAUGUUUGCUGUUGAUGUCCCUAAGAAGAGUGUUUGCACUCCAAAAGCUUGCUACUCAACACUGUCGAGCCAGUACUGUAUGGUCAUUGUUCUAGAACGGAAUUCAUGUGAUAAUUGUUUCUUCCACAUUAGUGAAAGUAAACUGAAGUUACAUGCUAUGUGCUUUUUCUUGACCCAUGCUUAUAUUCCCAGUUCUUGAUAGUAUCUGCAUACCCCAAGUAUAUUUAGGUCAUUUCCCUCUAGCACUAAAUGAAGGUGGCCAGGUAUUGGUCAUGGCUUCUCAGUUCUAAGCAGUCUUAAAUGAAGUUGAUUAUUUUGAUCCUUUCAGUUUAGUUUCAGGCCUGGAUAUUGGAUUGGAAACAGCCUCAGUCACCUGGGAGGAGAAGGGGUGUUAGCUGUUAGUUUUCCUGGACAUAUUCAUACCACAGACUGGGGUAUCCUUCCUGGUCAUUUGUCUGAAUUAGGCUUUGAAUUAGAAUUUGAACUAAACAUUCAGAGGAAGGUUGCCAAAUCAUAAAUGUAGAGAAGAAAACUUUAAAUAAACCAUAGGCUCGCCUCCCCCCCCACAGUCUUUUGCACCAAAUGAAGUUUUAUAUCAAAUUCAAAUCUUAAAGUCCUUGCAGUUGUUUCCGUUCCAGAGUUUGUGAUCUCACUUCUUCUAGCACGUGCCUGUACUUCAGUCCAAUUAAACACUAAUUAACAGGAGAACCUCUGCUUCAUAACGGCGGUUUUGGAGGUUUUUUUGCAGACGAAGUGCUUUUGCACUCAGCUGCUUGGUCUGUCAGGCAGCCUAUGCAUUCUACUCCUACCUACUCCCACUUCUUCUGGCACAAAGAGGGGGGCUUCUGGGAGAGAUCGGGGUUUCUUUGAAUUGCCUUGUAAUGUGGACAAGAUGAUGUAGGAAUUUGUGGUGAAAUAAGCCUAAAAUGUGCCCCAGUACCUUCCUUCAGGGAUCCUACUGCUUGUGAAGAUGUGUGUUUCUUGAUUCCACCGGAGUUCCACCUGCGAGCUGAACAAGCAAAUUAAGAUACAGUAAUGUUAAAGUUUAUUAAGUUAUGAUUACUACAUACAAAAGAAUAAGCAAUAUAUGCAAAGUUACUGGUUUUUAUAUGUAAUGAACUUUUAGGACAGGUGAUUUCCGAUAGCGUCUUGGCCCAAAUCCAGGUUCACAUAUGGGUUCAGUUCUUUGUCUUCAUCUGCCGAAAGCUCUGCCCAAUAAAUCUGUUCAGAUAUGAGAGUGCCUUUUCUUCGUUUUCUUAAAUCAAGUCUUCCUGUGGUGGUAACUUCUGCCCUAUUCAUUUCUUUGAAAAGAAAACAAUGUCUCUCCCCCUCCUUGGUUCUUUUUUCUUAGACAUUUGUCAGACUGCGAUGCUAAAAACCUCUUAUUUUUUUGCAUCAGCUCUUUAUUUAGUGGCUUGGCCUAAGCAUACUUUUAAGUAUGUGCCAAGGGGCGUCUAAGCUAUUUAUUUGAUUUCAAACUGCUUUUAGCUAUGAUUUUGCCUAGCCCUUAGAGUAACCCUCAGUUUAGCCAAAGUUUACCCAAAGUUUGAUCGGCCUUAUUAUGUGAGUAUGUACAUCUUAUUCUGGUGCUGGAAUAAGACAAAUAAUGGAACCUAUCUGCUUUGUUUUUUCGCCUUCUCCAGGAGAGAGGAGGAUUCCUCUGCCCAGAUGUCCUCUGGUGGGAACAUGGGAGUGGGCUGGAGCCUUGUCUGCUUACACAAGGGACGCACCCCCCCUUAAGCAAACAAACCUCCCUCUGAGAAAUCUCAGCCUUUCUUCCAAGUCCUCUGAUAGUUCUGAAGGAAAAAUGCAAAGACUUCUCUUACUCACAGAACACUUUGGAUAACUUGCUUUGCCUCUUUCUUAGAUCCCUCUCGCAAACAAGAGAAACCAGAGUGAGAGGUGAGAUCUUUCAGGACGCUUUGGUCAAGGAAAAGAAACAUCUAGAGGUUUCUGUCCUCCAAAACUCUCAGCAAACAAAGAUUUAUUAUUCUGGCACAUUUUUAUUCUGCCAUCCUAUCACUGGUGCACAGUGGCAGCCAGACAAGCUUUCUUAGUGGUGGCCCUCCCUGUUGUGCAUGCAAAUACACGUAAGCAACUUUAGGAUUUCAUUCCUUCAGGGCACAUCUUGGAGUAGAAAAGGAAGAACUCAGAUCCCCCAAAACCAUAAACAACGGUGCAGUAAUUUUGAUGCUGGGCUUAAUGGUCUUAAGGAGUCCUUCACUCAUUAGUCAAGUGUAUUACUUCAUUCACUCUAAAAUGUGGUAAGCUAGCUCAGAUGCAUUUGGGAGUAGGACCCACCUUCCGCCCCAGAGUCCUUUCCUGACAGCAAUGCUGAUCUGCAACAAAAAUUUUUUUAAAAAAAUAAUUUUUAAUAACAGGCCAAUCACAUCACAUUAUCCAAAUCACAUUAGUUCCAAAUUAUACAGCCAAAUUUAAAAUUUUGUUGGGGGUACCCAUACAUCAAGCUCCGCACGAGUCCAAAACUCCGAACGAGUCCAAACAUCACUUAUAUUACUGCAUUAAUUAGACAGUUCUAUCCAGUUCAAUCUAGAUGGUCCUUUAUUACUUUCUUUCUCUUCUUGUUGUUAUCGUAUAUUCCUUUCUUUGCGAUCUCUGAUAAUUUUCACAAGCAGAUUGAAAACAGGCAUCCUCUGUGUGGGUUUUGUACUCUUCAAAGAUCUUAGCGCGUGCUGGUUAGCUUCAGAUCUGACUUCACCGAAGGCUCGUGCCAAGUGUUCGGCACCCCCAUCUCUCGGAUCAGGGGGUGCAUUGUGAACACCGCUGGCAAGGCAGCGCCCCCCCGUCUCCGGGGGGGGGGGGAGGAAGACUGCAUACUUCCCAUAGCAGCCCCUUAAUUACCUCGAAUGGGUCAGAGAGAUGUUAUUGUCGGCCAUCUUCCAACGCGCCACCUGGUGGCCCCCGAUCCGCAACACAUUUUAAUACCUAAUAUACUUUUUUGGGAGGGGGCAGACUUUCAAAGCAGCAGCUGGAUACUCCUAGGAAACUAGGCAAUUGAAAAUUAUUUUAUCUUGAGUGCUCUUCUCUUUCUUGACUUGAAAUGCAGCUUAUCUAAAUGAAGAGUGGGGGGAGUUAAUUGAUUUCUGUCUUUUACUGAUUCACAAAAGGAAGGGUUUGAUCUGCCUUUGAUAUGAUCCUUCUGCCACCAGUGCAGCUUCAGUGAAGAUGGAACUGAAUUUAAUUCUUGAGUAGAAUGUUUGCCAAGUUGGCAUUGAAUUGUGAAAGCAGACACCACCAGUUACUCCCUCUGAUAAGAUUCUGCAGCAGUCUGGGAGCUAGACCUCUUUUCUUCUCUCCCACAUAGUUACACCCUCCCCCCGCCAAAAGAAACCAGCUAUUCAAUUGCAAUUGGUGAAAAGUGGUGGGGAAACCUUAGCAAAAGUUAGCAUUUUAACUGGUUUACCUUUGGUCUUUAUACAUUUGUGAUCUCUAUGCUAAUGUUUUGUCUCUCCACGUGUGUUUACAAACCUGGCAAACUGGGAUAGCAUUGCAUACAUCUAGUCCCUGAAAGCUUUUGGCAUAAUAACUUUGAUAGUCUUUCAAGUACUACAAGUCCUUAGUUUUCUUUUUGCUACAAGAGACUAAAACAGCUACUCCAAAAGCUAGAAUGGUAUCAGUUUCCUGCUGCUUAGUCAAAAGAAGACAAACAGCAAUUUUCAGCUUUGUUUAUGAGAGUAAUAACAGUGCUUUCUCUAAAUAGGGGCCUGUUUAUGUUGUGUGUUGUUAAAAUUUGUAUGUGGCACUGUUUUCUGAUGAAGGAGAGUAUAUUAGUACUGUUCUGUUUACUAUAGAAUUGGUAGUCCUUUUAAAGAUGGAGAAUUCUUAAUUUUGUAUCUAUCCAGGAUUCAAAUAGUUCAGAUGUCUUGUAUGGGAGCAUAACUUUACUGUUUGCUCCUAAAUACCAUGCUCAUGUUAACAGCUGUGUGCUUCAUUACCUAAAUGCUUUUUGGCUUGUAUUUGAAUCAGCUGUGACGGAAACCCUUUCAGCUUGCUUUGGGAGCUAUUGAAAAUUGGUUAUUUGGGGAAAUGGAGCCAGAGAACUUCCAAAUCCAAUGCUCCCCAUUGGGAAACGAUGCUUCUGAGUGUAGUUGGGAGCAUCAUUCCCACACUAGCAAGAUUUUUACCCUUCUGGUUAACACUCUUCCUGUAGGUUUCUCAUUCCUCUGGAACAGAUUUGUGGGGAAAUUGGCUGGGAAGGCCAGGCAGCUAUUGGAGAAACAGCUACAUUUUGAAUUGACCUGAAUUCAGAGGUGUCUAGUUCAAAAUAGGCUUUUCAAACUGGGGGGACUCAAUUUGUGCGCCCCCUGUCCCCAGUUUGAAGCUAAAGCUGCAACAAACAAGUCUGUAUAAGAAAGCCAAGGUUAGAGUGGUCUGUAAAAUAUUGUCACAGAAUCCCCUUUUUGCCAUCCUUUGGCCCAGAUGCAUGCUGGGUGCUUGCCUCUUCAUCCUCCAGGCCCAGGAAUGGGGAACCUGUAACCCUUCAUAUGUUGUUUGAUUCAUCUCUCAUUGGUCCUACUGUUUGGGGCUGAAGGGAAUUGAGAUCCUACAAAAUUUGGAGGGGCAUAAGUUUCCCAUUGUAGCUCUAGGAGGUAAGAGCUUCUUAAGAAAAGUCUGGACUAGGAGGUACCUUCCACUCUCCUGCCUCUCCUGGUCUCUUUUGCCUCCACAAUUUAUUGUUAUAGGGUCCAGGCUUAGUUGAAGGAGAAAACCAAAUUUUCCUUGCCUUGAAUCCAUUUUGUAGCUUAGUGUAUGUGCAUGAAUGUUAGCUAAAUACUUUCAGGAGAAGUAUGCUUGUAGACAGUAACUAUAUAGUAAUCAGAAUUCUGAUGAACUAGCAGAUUUUCUGAACUAGUCCCUAGAUGUUGUUGGACUACAGCUCCCACCAUUCCUAGCCAGCAGGACCAGUGGUCAAGGAUGAUGGGGAGUUGUAGUUAAGAACACCCGGGGACCCAAGGUCAAGAAAGGUGAGCUGGAGGAAUGCAAGUAAUCAGCAGGGUCGAAUGACUGCUAAUCUCAGAAGAAUGGAAUCUGUUGCAGAACAGUUAAGUUAAUGAAUGAGACAUUAAUUAAAAGUUAAUUAAUAAGAAUGCUGUCUUCUCAUACAAUGAGCAGUCGUGGAGACUCAUCAUGUGCGCUCAUCACAAUAAGGGUCUAGCUUCAUUUAAAGCCUGCAUCUGGCUUUCCUUUGGUGACCCCAGGCAAACGGAUUCCUAAUCCCCCCCCCCAAAAAAAAAAUCAUACUGUGAUUUUAGUUCUAAAUGGUUUUGUCUUCACAGAAAUGUCUGUUUCCCCAUGCUUAGAGAACAGCUAAUAAUUACAGAAAGGUUAUUUCUGCAUUGCUGCCAAUGUAGUAGGAUGGUUACAGCACUGGAGUGGGAAGACUUGGGCUCAAAUCUCUCUACCUGCCCAUGAAGAUGAUUGAGGGACCUUGAGAUGGAUAUUCUCUCCUACUAAUCUCUUCUACUAAAAUGAGGGGUUGGCACACACGUACAAUAGCAUGAGCUUCUUGGAGUAAGAUGGGAUAAAAAUGUAAUUUAAGUGAAGCUUUUAAAAGGUACUUUAAAAGGUCUAGGACAGAUAGGUUACAAACUUGGCUUUCAUUUCUCAGAAAUGGGGAGCAGCCAUUGCCUCUUCAUCCCAGAAUCCUUGGUGGAUAACCUGAUACGCUGAACACCUGGGAGGGAUUUGCUUAUCCUGCAAUCUUCAUCUUGGAAAUUAGCCUACAAGCUGACCUCAUGGCUACAAUAGACCGUUUAAUUUUUGUACCUUACACCCUUGUGCGAAUUAAUUGAAACAAAGUAUGUUUUCUAUCCUACUCGUAAUCCUGUACUCAAAACAAACACGAAAAGUCAGUUUGAUCAUUUUUUAUGUUUUAAUGAUGCAGUCAUUACGUCAGCAGCUACUGUAUUGCAUCAGGCUGUAGAAUUCUGUCCGACCACUGUAGUGUAUGAUGCAAUCAUUACGUAAGCAGCUACAGUAUUUCAGCUUUUAGAAACCUGACCAGAUGUGAUUUGACCGCUGUUCGAGAUGGAUGUGACACCUCGGAAACGUACAAAGAUCAUAACUCUGCACGAACACACAGCUAAGACGUAUCGAGAGAUUGCUUCAGUAGUUGGUGUGAGUUUAGCAACUGUCAGCCGUGUCAUCAAGUUGAAGCAGGAAACCGGAUCGGUUUCUCCUAAAGGUAAAGGAAAGUGUGGUCGUAAGAAGAAAACAACUCCUAGAGAUGAUGCUUGCUUGCUUCGACAAAGCAAAAAGGAUCCCCGCAAGACGAGUGAUGCAUUGAAUACGGAUUUGAAGGAGAAAGGAAUUCAAAUCAGUUCCUCUACAGUUCGCAGGCGCCUUAUUGCGGUCAAACAAAAAGCCGGAAGACCAGUCAAUAAACAGCUUUUUACCAAAAAAAUGAAAGAAAAGCGGUAUAAACGGGCAAAAAAGUACAAUGAAUGGAUGAAAGACCAGUGGAGAAAAGUCCUCUUCACCUGCGAAAGCCAUUUCUUUGUACAGGGUCGGCGAAGUCCGCAUGUUCGAAGGUCACAGGAAGCGAAGCUUCAUGAUUGCCACAUUGGACUGAGCCCCGUCACACAUCGAAAGUGGUGAAGAAAUUCACAACAGAGUAGCAAAUACAGGUGCUUGAUUGGCCAGGGAAUUCCCCGGAUGUAAAUCCUACUAAAUUCAUUGUUUGUUUCAAUUAAUUUGCACAAGGGUAUAUAUCACUUGUUUCUUCCCAGCUCCUGCUUUGUGUAAUAUCUUGCCAAAUGAAGAGUUCCAGACAACUCUAGCAUUCUGUAGUUUUGUGACAUUUUGUAAAGUACUGGUCAGCUGCAGUUUGUAAACAUUUCUGAACAUUCCCUAGUGUGAUAGUUCCAUGAAAACAGGAAACAAGUGCAUGGGGGGGGGGAUGGCUAGGCUAGAAAUUUGAGUACUAAUUUUUAUAUUUGCAGGCUUUUGGUGUUUUGUUUUGUUUUUGCACGAGGCAACAUUCAAAAGCAGUAUCCCUCACCUACAACCUGAAGUGAUAGUUUCUCUUCUGCCUCAUUCUGCAUGUUUCAGGCGCAGUAGAACAUGCUUUUGGGGUUUGUAGUAAAAGUACCCCAAGUGUUCAGGACCGCACAAGAUCACCAAGUCAACAUUUAACUUUCUAUUUACUCUUCAUACUGGAGAAAUGGAAAUAUUUGUAAAAUAUUUUAAUAUCUUAAGUGCUUUAAGAUCAACAAAGUUCUUGUGGCACCUUAAUGCCUUAAGAAUAGUUUAUUAUGACAUUAAGUUUUCAUGGAUUUCAGUUGACUUCAUCAGAUACAUGGAGCGUUAUCCACAGUUUCUGGUAUAUUCAUAUGGUUUGGAGUGGAAUUAUAACUGGUGAGUUUAGAGGGGCAUUAAAUGCAGAAAUUCACAAAACACUCUUUCAAAUUAUAUGUAUAAAGCAGGAUGUUUCGGACACAUGGUGAAAUGGACUGUAAUCCAUGAAUGCUUGUGCCACUAUUAGUUCAUUAAUCUUUAAGCUUCCAAAAGGUGGUUCUUUCAUUUUGUUGCAACAGUAUGGCACAGCUAUCCCCCAAGGAAAAUGCUUUUAGGAAAGGAGUGCGGAACUUGGAGACUUCCAAAUGUUAUAUGGCUACAACUCCAUCCCUGACUAUUUGCUGAGGUUUACUGUGAGCUGCAGUUGUCCAUUGGCUCCAUUUAGCAUCAGGAGAAUGUUUAGUGGUGGUGGUCCAGAGAUGACUGUGUAGUUCUGCAACAUCUUGUUGGGUAACAAGUUAUGUAGAACUCUCUUCAAAAAUGAAACAAGACUCUUGUGUAUGUGCCUUUGUUCCCUGAGCUUUCUCUGUUUCUAAAGGAAAUGCCAAGGUUUUCAUGUGGGGGAGUUUCCUUAUCACCCAGCCAUUCUUUCUCCCUGUAGCUUAAGGGCAAGUUUGUGUUCCUUUAAGUAUGUGAAGAUUGAUGAUCUCCCACCUCAACCCCAUGAGUUUCCUGAGAAGUGGAGAGAAAGGAGAUAAGGGCUUUCCAUUAAGGAUUGCUGACGCCUUGCUUUGUAAAGCAAAUGAAGACAAGAUGGAGGAUUUAGCUGAAGAUGAGGAUAUCUUUAGCCAGGGCUCCCAUUUAGCUGGAGUAAAUGAUGUGCACAAAAGACUUGGAAAUGGUCUUCACUAGCAAAACACAGAAUCAGUUAAGUUGAAAAGCAGCCUAGAAGAGGUGUUUCCUUCUAGCAAAAAUAAAAACCAAACCAAACCAAACCCCUUCUACUCAAUUAGAGAGGGCAAUUUGACAAAACCCUGUGUCUUUAUAAAUGCUUGUGCUUUAGAGAAUUUAUUUGGUUCUUUUUCAAUUUGUGGUAUAUGGAUGGUUAUAACCAGCCAUAGCAAAACAGAAGUACCAACCUUCUUAUUUGGCAGGGUUUUGUGUACAAGACAGGGAAAAGGGGGUAAUCUACCAGUGGUGGACUAAAAUUGUAUUUUAGCACACGCCUUCUUAAAUAGCUUAUUUUUUGUGGGGUGGUUGUGGUGUUGAACAUACCAUUUGAACAAAAUAUUUUUUUUGUCCUGCACUAGCUAAUUGACUUACGUGCUAUUUGAACACAUGGUAGCACCACACAGAAUUAUAGUCCUGCUGUUGUCCCUUUGUGCAUUUUCUGCUCUUUUUUCUCUCUUUUUUGGGCUUGCCCUCAAACUAAAAUAGAGGGCUGCUUUGUCUACAUUUCAGUAAAUUAGUCCUUACUGCUUAAGAGCCUGAACUAACUUUCCUAUUGCCGACUUCUAAGAAUAUAAAAUAAAAGUGUAAGAUUCGCUCAGCUCAGGAAUACUUCCUGUGUUCCACAUAUUCAGAAAGAGGAAUUGAAGCUCAAUGUAAAUACAGCCUUCUUGUUAUCUCAGUGGAAGAAUGAUGUCAUGCUUGGCCCAGGGCCAUUGUUUCAAAGCACUGUUUUUUGGUCUUGUAGUCUAGCCUUUAGAAAUAACAGUGAAACAAAAUUCAUUGAGAGUACAGACUUGCAUUUUUUUUUAAAUAAUUGAAAUGGAAAGAUCCAUCUCUGCUUACUAUAUCCAUCAGCUGCCAUGUACCAUCAUUUGUCCCCUUGAGGCUUUUGAACCCGACUACUCUUUUAGGAAGACCAGGAGGACAGUCUACCCUGGUGGGCAAUGGCAUCUUCUGGGCCUUUGUGACCCUGGCUGCUGUGAUGGGAAGUGACCAGCCAGCAGAUUGCAGCUAGGCCCCAGAUGGCCCACUGUAUCCAGUAUAAGUCAUACUCUGAGGAAGCUUAUUGAAAUGAAUAGAAAUAGCAAGCUUAGGUCUGGGCUGAGUGGGUUUUAGAUACAAUCCUGUAAGUUCAGUCUCAAGGCUAUGUUACAGCUACUUUUAGAAAGGUUAGAUCUAAAGCCUGUUUUUAAAGCUUUGAACAGCAUGUUUCCAUCAAAGCUGGUUGUUAUAAAAACCUUGUAAACAUUUAAGAAUUUGUAGCCUGGCCUUGCUUGUCCUCUUCCCUUUCCAAUACAGCUGUACCUUGGUUUUUGAACAACUUAGUUCUCAAACGUUUUGGCUCCCGAAUGUUGCAAACCUGGAAGUGAGUGUUCAAUCACUCUGGAAACCCACUCUGGCUGAAGAGUGGGUUAUAAAAUGCUAUAAAUUAUGUAUUUAAUCCUGAAGAUUCAGGAUGGGUUGGAGCACUAAAUUAAAACAGAUGUUUAACAGUGGUAGUCGGUAGGCCUUGUGAUGGUAGCGAAGGAGCCUGACCUUUUCCACUUUAGGCUGUAGUCCUGGGAGCAUCUCGGUGUGGAUCACAAAACAGGCCAGUGCAGAGAGGCCUACUUUUGAGUAGGCAUAGGCAGGAUUGUGCUGUGAGAUUUUGUGUUGCCAUGGUGGCUAGGAUCAUUUGCAACAUAGGAUGUGAGGGCGAUCUGGCUGCGACAUCUGUCACCCCAUUGAUCCGCCAGGGUUGAUUCGGCUGAUCUGGCUGGCUAGGCGGGUGUCCCCUUCCUCCCUCACCGCUCCAUGUGCGUCCCUCCCGAAGCUGCGCGCUCGGUGGAAGAGGACGACCAUCCCAGAUAGAAGGAGUGUACCGUUCUUCGGUCAAGGGUAUACGAUAGCUGCGCUCCCCUGCUAGAACCUCCAAACAAGCUCAAGGAUCAUUUGCAACAUAGCACAUUUAGGGCUGCUUUUGGUCCAUCUCCACUAGGGAUUGGUGCUCUUCUCCAUCUCAGAAGCUUUGCCUUUAGUUUUUCUCCCCCUUUCCCCUCCAUGUUUCCUCACCUCAGCUCUGUAGCCUCAUGAAUGCUUCCUCCCCUGUUCAUAUGGUGAUUGCACAAAUGCGCCUGCUGCUGAUCUUUUGGUUUGCAGCAAUAAAAUUGAUAAAUGAGGCUUCCUUUUGUUUCCUCUUGGUAGGCGGCACUCAAGUGUUAGAAACUCAGGUAUGUAAGCUAAUCACAAAACGACACUUUAAAGCUUGGGUACAGUUGCCACCACAGAAUGCCUAGGCACAUUUUUUUUUGGUGAAAUCUAUUAUGUAUUAAUGGGAUGUGGGUGGCACUGUGGUCUAAGCCACAGAGCCUAGGGCUUGCUGAUCAGAAAGUCGGCGGUUCAAAUCCUGCGACGGGGUGAGCUCUCGUUGCUCGUUCCCAGCUCCUGCCAAUCUAGCAGUUUGAAAGCACAUCAAAGUACAAGUAGAUAAAUAGGUACCGCUCUGGCGGGAAGGUAAACAGUGUUUCUGUGCGCUUAUUCUGGUUCGCCAGAAGCAGCUUAGUCAUGCUGGCCACAUGACCCGGAAGCUGUCUGCGGACAAAUGCCGGCUCCCUCUGCCAGUAAAGCAAGAUGAGCGCCGCAACCCCAGAGCCGUCUGUGACUGGACUUAAUGGUCAGGGGUCCCUUUACCUUUACCUUUUAUUACAUAUUAUUAUUCAUUUCAUUUCAAUACCACUUUAUAUUUUAAAGGAAAUAAAACCUCAAAGCUGUUUAUAACACAUUAAAACAUCAAAUGAAACAAUCUAGGAUGAAAUGAAUUCAGGCUUCAAAGAAAAUAUUUUGGAUCCUUCGCCUAGUUGUAUAUUGCUUUCCCCAUAUUUAUUUACCAUCUUAAUGUAUGUAGCUGCCCCAUAGCAGAAUUACUCCAGGAAGCCAUGUCAGUGUAGUGGUUAGAGUGUCGGACUCAGACCUGGGAGAUCAGGGUUCAAAUCUCCACUGAGUCAUAUAGCUCACUGGGUAAUCCUGGACAGGUCACAAUCUCUUAACUUACCUCAGAGUCGUUGUAGGGAUUAACUGAGAAGGGUGGGUGGGUGAACCAUAUACUCAAUGAAGAAAAAGGUGGGAUAUAAAUGCAGUGAAUAAGCUCUUCUGCAUACCUGCUUAAGAAAGCUGGAGAGGCCAGCCAGAUGGAGAUGUCAGUCGCCAACCUGGCAUCAAGAGAUCGCCACAUGUUCACAAUUGGAUCUGUGCCAUGGGUGUUGCCAAGGGGGGUGGGGGGGAGUUGCCCCCCUAAAUCAAUAAAACACAUAGCUAACUGAGGUUCUCCCCCCUUCUAACAAAAAAUGCUGGCUAACCCAUGACCCGUGCCAAUUGGAGAAUGUACUUGGCACCUGGCUACUUUCUAAGACCGUGGCGACCUCUGUUCUCGGGCCUGUCUCCUGAACAGAGGAGGGCAGCCUUCAGCGGGGUGGCAAGAGAACGUGGGUUGAGUGGCAAACAAUAGUCUGCAGGCAUCAUUUCUCUGCAGAACUGAAUUCAUUCUUGGAAUCGGAUGCUUCAAAGAUGCCCUGAGAAGUUACAGCUGAUGACUUGCAGGAGAAAGCUAUAUAUUUAUCCUCAAAAGUAUAUAGGGCUCCUUGAGAGAGUGCUCCCCUUCAUUAUUGCCAUACUUUUGCUUGGCGCCUCUGCCCCCUCCAAACAACAUGAGUUGCCCACUGUUUGCAUUGGACAGAUAACUCUGGGAAGUUGGCAUAUUGUAUGUUUCUAGAAUCUUUUUGGAGGUUUCAUUUAAACUGGUGGCUAUCGCCCAUAGUUGCAUCUCAUGUUAAUGCUAAGCUUUGCAGAACAAAGGUUUCUACAGUAGCUUUCCCUUAAAAGAGAAUUGUGUUCAAGUAAUAUCUGCUAUUAUAAAACAAAGGCUGUGCUUAUUGACGAUCUUGUCUGUGAUUGUGCUUGGAGAGUACUGAGGUGUAUGGUCAGAACUAGCCAAAAUAUUUUUUCUUUAAUAUACUAGCUUGCAUAUUAGUUGCUAGACUUUCUUGUUCCAACAGGAUUUCAGGAAUUGACAGCUUUUAAUCAAAGGGCUGGUGCUGUGCUGUUUUUAUUGUAAUUAUUUGUAUGCUUUAAGCAGAUUUUAUAGAGUGUUUGUAGUUUAAAUUCUAUCAAUAUUUUAUUGUUUUUUAAAUUACUGUUUUCCUAUGUUUUUAGUGGUUCUUUUUAUCUGUAAGCGGCUUUCAGUCUUGUCAGGGAGGAAAAACGCGGGGAAUAAUAAUAGUGUAUCUCGGUAUGAAAUAGUGUGGCUUAGCUGCCAAUUGUUGUCAUUCUGGCUGUUACUUGGUUUUGUAAAGAUGACAACAUUGUGAAUACUUCGAUGGUGAAAUAAGAUGUGGUAAAUAUACAAGUAUUUAUUGAUUCUAAAAUUUUUGCUUUAAUGUUGGAAUUGUGGUGUGAACUGCUCUGGAAAUAACAAAAAUCUACACAAAUAUGUUUCACAUUUUUAAAAAAUAAGUGCAAACUGGUGUACAGUGGUACCUUGGGUUACGAACUUAAUUCGUUCUGGAGGUCUGUUCUUAAUCCGAAACUGUUCUUAACCUGAGGCACGCUUUUGGUAAUGGGGCAUCCUGUUGCCGCCAGUGCGCGAUUUCCGUUCUCAUCCUGGGGCAAAGUUUGUAACCCGAGGUACUACUUCCAGGUUAGCAGAGUUUGUAACCCGAGGUGUUUGUAACCCGAGGUACCACUGUAGUUGGUUAUAGGUUGUGGGGGAAACGUGGAUUGUGAAAUGGGCAGCUUUGGAAUCUUGGGCUAGAUGGAUCCUUGCACACGUGUGAAAUACACGCACAGGGGAAAUGAAUGAAGGACUUGACUUGCUUAUUGUACUAAUAACUGGUUGCUUAUAAUUUGUAUAAUGUGGUCAGUGCUGUACACAAAACAUGACAGUCCCUGCCUACGAUAUUAGUCUAAAAGCAUGAGAUGAAAAGGAAAGUAGGAUAGAAGGGCACCAGUUUUUAAAGUUUCUGAGUCGUUAAUAUGACCAGCCAGAAUGGAAGCAGUUGACCUAAUCUUUACAUGUGAGCUGCUGGUGUGGCUCUUCCAUUUCAUCCUCUGUAACCAUUUGUAAAACAGGUGUAUUUGGUUAUAUCUUUCUGAUAUAGAGGGAAAUCAAGGCAGCAGGGAAUUUGGGGGGUGUGUGUGUGAGAGUGAGUGAGUGAGAGAGCGAGCACAAGUGAGUACCCCUCCCCCACUUUUCAGGUUGCAGUGAUGGCUGCUGACCUGGCAAGGCAGAUGAGUAAUGGGAGAACAGUUCAGAAGCAUUGACGUGCGUCUUAUCAUUGCUUCUCUCUUAUCUGCAAACCCACCUUAUCCUGAAAUGGCUGCACAAAUAUGGCUAACAGGCUAGAUAACGUAGAGGAGACUGGUUCUGCUAGGUGCUUCUGUGGGUCUUCCAUUUUUAUUUCUACAAGGCAGUUUACAAGCAUAUAUCCUUUUGUUUAAAAAAUGUAAAAAUCAUGAUAAGCAGUACAAACUGCUCCGCCCCCCCCCCCCGCAGAUAGGCUUAUAAGCAAUACAAAACGUAGAAUCUCCAAGGCAGAGACUUUUUCAUCCAGCUGGAAAAGGCUGUCGAAACGAAACAAAAAAAUGUCUUAAAUUGUUUCCAGAAAAUACAGAUAAGUGUGUUCCUGUGGGUUGUGCCUGAUGUUUCCGUUGUGCUUCUCUUUGCAGUGGUUGACUGCCCAGUGUGCAAGCACCAGUGUUACCUAAAGGACAUAGUGGAGAACUACUUCCUGCGGGAUGGUGCAACAGAGUCUUUUGGGGAUGCCAGAGAAGCUAACCAGGUAAUGGGGUCACUUCCCACUCCCCACAACACACAUCGUAUUCCAGUGUUUCUUUGCUCAGUCUUUGGAUGUUCCUUGGCUGUUUCUGCCUCUCCGAUUGGGGUGGUUGGAGGAAAAAGACUCUGUUGUUCUUAAUGGUUAAUUAACCAUGUUCCUUUUCCCAUCAGUGCUGCACCAGCUGUGAAGACAAUGCCCCGGCCACCAGCUACUGUGUGGAGUGCCAAGAGCCCCUGUGCGAGACUUGCGUGGAGGCUCACCAGAGAGUGAAGUACACUAAGGAACACACUGUCCGGUCCACAGGUAAGUUGGCGGCAUAGGGAGAAGGUCUUGUGGGCUGCAAAGGUUCACUGUCAUGGGUGUUUGGUGGAAACGCCUGUCAGGCUUCAGGGAAUCUGCUUCCUCCCUUCCUUGGCAGUAGAUAAGCAGGAAAAAGGAAAAGGAGUCUUCUUACCAGUUAGAAACUUUUAAUGAUCACAGUGAGAGAACAAAGAACUCAUUUCCUAUGAAUGGGGUGCUCCCAAUUAAGAGUUCCACCCCAUGACUCCCUAGUCACCCAUGUCACUACUGCAUCUUGUAACCUGAGCUCACACCCUCUGUGCUUUCCGUUCUGCCACCUUCUGGGCUCAUAUUGUUCUGGGCCUGAGCAGAGGAAUGCUUUCCAGAGACAGUGUAUCUGUUAACCCUCUCUCUCCCAGUUUUUCUUCUCCUAGCUGUUCCCCAUCCAGUAUUUCCCAGCUUCUCCCUUCUGAACUAUGUCCCUCUGCCAACCACUGUUCCAAAUCUAUACUGUCUUACUGCUCCUGGGAAGAUUCAGGAUCCUGAUCAGGAGCAGGGGGAGCCUCCCACCAUUCCUCCUCCGUGUGGCCCUCCUCAGCACGGUCCCCGACAACUUCCAAGGGAGUCGAGAGAAACAUUACUUGUCUGAAACUAGUGCUGCUGGCCCUGGCAUGGUCGGCGCAAAUGCCAUGGUUUUCUCUCUCCCACCCACAUAAUGCUGAAUCUUUUGAGGUGUGUGCCUUGCAAGGGUAAACAGGCUGUCCUCUGCUUCUUGCUAGGCUCUUCCAAAUCCCAGGAGAGAGAGAAGACAGUGUACUGCUCCGUCCACAAGCAUGAGCCACUGGUGCUGUUCUGCGACACUUGCGACACCCUCACCUGCCGGGACUGCCAGCUGAAUGUGCACAAGGAUCACCAGUAAGCAUUCCUGCUGGCUAUGUAGAAACAUACCUGUCAAUCUAGAAUGAUGCCUUCUGCUGCUGCUGCCUGAGACAAACUGUGGAGUUCAUCAGCCGACGCCACCCUUCUCCAACCCAGUGUCCUGCAGAUGUUUUGGACUGCCACUCAAAUAAGCCAUGUCUAUUUGGUGCACUGCCUGGGGCUGAUGGGGAGUUGGUAGCCCAGAAACAUCUGAGGAGCACAAGGUUAGGGAAGGCUGUCUUGGCUGUAAGAAUGCCAUUCCAUGCCCAUAUGUGGAAGUUCCAUCAAGAAAAAUUGGCUGUUCCUAUCUUGAGUUAGGCUUAUUUCUUCACCCGUUUCCUCCACCUGCUUCUGCUAAAUUAGUCUUGACAAUAAGUGGGGAAAGCCAGUGCCAUAUAGGUGUUGACCCCCUUCCAGCCUGAGAUUUUAAGAUGCAAUAGGUUUUGAUGGUUAAUCAGAAUAUAGAAACGUAUAAUUGCAGAGGGUCAUCCAGUCCAACCCUGUGCUAUGCAAGAAUCUCAGUAUGUUGUUUCACCACUACUAUACCCUGCCUUUCCUCCCGUAGGGAGCACAGAAGGAUUACUGUAAAAACAAGCAACAAUUCUAAAGCACUAAUAAAACAGCUGAAUGUUUUUCUUUUCUAUAAAUCCUUUUAAAUAAAUAAAAAUAAAAAUUGCAAGAGAAAAUGCGAGCACACCUUUUAUAAUAGCUUUUAGAAUCCCAGUACUGUCACCAAAUGAGGGCUGUACCCUUCUCUGCAGGUACCAGUUCUUGGAGGAUGCAGUUAAGAACCAACGCAAGAUGCUGGCCUCGUUGGUGAAGCGCCUGGGAGAUAAGCAUGCCAACCUCCAGAAGUCCACCAAGGAAGUGCGAACCUCGUAAGUGCCUAGUUUACAGAAGACCCAAUUCUUGGAUGACCACAGUUCGCAUCCAUUAAGCUUUCAGGGUCGUCAUGUGGUUUUGGGUCACAGGCUUUUCAAAGGAUUAUGGGAGAAAAAGCACUGGUAGCAGAAUUGUACAGAACUUAUUGGCUCUCUGGGGACCACAGCCUUAUGCUACCCCCUGCUUUAAAUCCACAGGAUCCGGCAGGUGGCAGAUGUGCAGAAGCGAGUGCAGGUGGAUGUGAAGAUGGCCAUCCUGCAAAUCAUGAAGGAGCUCAAUAAGCGGGGCAAGGUGCUGGUUAAUGAUGCACAGGUGAGAGACUGAAAUGACCGCUUCUGAUUGCGAAUGGGCAUGCCAUAGCGCGGUGGUUUUGGGGAAAGACGGGAGAGUUUGGGGUGGGGAAGAAAAUUGCAAAAGAAAACUUGAAUGCCACCAAUCAAAGUAAUCUUCACUUACUAGCUUACAGUCAUUUUUCAUCUAAUCAAGGAGGACCAACCAUGCUUUUAAAAAAGCAGAACAAAAUCUGACUCUGGGAAGAACUGCUCUUGAGGGGGUGGCCUUAUUGCACAGGUCACCAUCACUGCAAAUAUGCACAAUAAAGGCCUGAGCCACAGUUUCUUCAUAUGUGGCAGCCAAAGCUUAACUUUGACUAUGUCACUGCAAAUGUUGGGUAUAGUAAGACUAGAUAAAGUUAGUAGUGGCUAUGAUGAUACUGAAUCAAGUAUUCCCUUUUUUUCUUUCCCUUUACAGAAAGUCACUGAAGGGCAGCAGGAGAAACUGGAGAGACAACAUUGGGCCAUGACAAAGCUCCAGCGCCACCAGGAGCAUAUCCUACGCUUUGCCAAUUGGGCCCUGGAAAGCGACAACAACACUGCCUUGCUGCUUUCGAAGAAACUGGUGAGAUCUCUGGUGCUCCUUUCCCACAUGCCCAUGCAGGACUUGUUGAGAGCUUUCAAGCUGUUACUUGGCACUUCUCAAAUGUUUGAUAUUUGCUUCAUGUUUGAGGUUAAUCCACCUAUCGGCUUUUGCAUUUUGGUUAAAGGAAAAGAUGUAUUAAAAAAACAGAAUUCUCUGGGUGCCUAGAUCCAGGUUUGGGACAAGUACUCUUUGGUGAGAGAACCCCAGCAGAGAUUUAAAAUCUCAAAAGAUGCAGCAAAGCAAAGCAAAGUGUGGAAUACAGCCUGUUAGAGCUUUAAAAUAGCCCCUUCUAAGUUACUUCCAAAGUUCCCCACUUCCCUUAGCAUAGUAAAAGAUUAUACAUUUUGUAGUUAAAUAAGGUAUACAGUGGAACCUUGGAAGCCGAACACCUUUGAACUCGAAUAUUUCGGCUCCCGAACGAUCGAAAAACCGGAAGUGAUUGUUCCGGUUUUUGAACGGUUUUCAAAAGCCGAACUUCCACUCCUGCAGCCAAUUGGAAGCUGCGCCCGGAACAGAUUAAAUUCGAAAACCAAGGUUGACUGUAAUUACAAACUCUUCAAAGGUCGGAGUCAUGUGCUUUUCCACCCAGCUGUUAAACAGGCAGUGAAGCUUAGGUUCCAUAGUGGUAAGUGUUUCUAAAUUAUUUGUACAGAAACACAAAGGUGGCUUUGUAAGAAAGCCAUGUGGUUUGGGCCUGGAGCAACCAGCGCAGACCUCCUUCCUGGUAGGGCUCACAUGGUGGAAUGGUAGAACAAAGGCAUGAAACCCUUCUUUCCAAGGUGAGGGGAAGUGACUUAGCUAAGCCAGGCAGGACAGCCCACUCUUAUGAUCUUAAUGCCUUUAAUGCAUUAAUUAAAUUCAAGCUGGUUGGUUAUAUGAAGGUGGCUAUCCCAUUCAAUCAGCUGGGAUUAAGUUUUCUGUUUUACAAUUUAAAAUACUCUUACUGCAUCCUUAAGAUAUCAAUGACUUACCUUCUUCUCUUUCCAUGGUUCAUUUCACAUAUAAACCCCUGCAUAUUUUUUUAAAAAAAACAUACCAUUCAGCAUUCCAUUACUGCAUCCAUCAAAACUUCUUUACCCUGUUGAAUUUAUCUUAAUGCUGCCAGCGUUUUCAGCUGUACAGUUAUUUCCCAAAUAGUCAAUAAAUGUUUUCCAAUCUUCUUUAAACGUAUGUUCUCCUUAUUCUAUAUGUUAAGUCUGUGAGCUGUGCACAACACAACCCAUGCUGUAAUUUGAGCCCUUUAAUACAUAAAGUUAGGUACCUAAGCUGCUCAGUAGCACUGAUAAGGAAGUCUUAUCACAAGGAACUCUUUCCUCACUAAUGGAAUUGACCCAUUAACUGCAUUCUUUAACAAACCUGCCAUGGUUCUCUGCGGUUUGCAUUAAAAUCUCUGCCCUUUUUGCCACACCGUAUGGGUAUCCAUUCUGGGUACCCAAAGACAGUGCAGAAGGGUAUUGACUGACCAGCUAGACUGUACUAUAUUGAUGGUAGUGAAUGAGCUUUUAAUGGUUUCCCUUUGGUACAAUUAAGCUUGCUUCUCUUUCUCUCACACACUCCCCACACCCUUCUGCUUCAGAUUUACUUCCAGCUGCACAGGGCUCUCAAAAUGAUCGUCGAUCCUGUGGAGCCCCAUGGAGACAUGAAAUUCCAGUGGGACUUAAAUGCUUGGACCAAGAGCGCAGAGACAUUUGGUGAGAAACUGACUACUGGAAUUAUUUCAUUUAUUAAUAAGAUUGUAGUUCACGUUUUUGGACAUACACUCCACCCAUGAAAUCAAUAAAAUACAGCAGAGCAGGGCAACGUGGUGACCCCCCCCCCCAGGUGUUGCACCCAGCAGUUGUAGCUCAGAACAUCUGGAGUGAGCCAUGUUUAUUACCCUGCAGUAUAACAUUCCAAAACUUCUGUAAAAGCAAUUAAGAACAUGAAAAACUGGCUUUAUUUGUUACCAUUUUAAAAGAACAGUGCUUCCCAUUCAAGUAAUUUAUGCUUUUAAGAGAAGGGAUGGAGGCAUUAGCAUGGGAUCGUGCUGUCCUAUGCAUUCAGUGAAAUCUAGGAUAACAACUUCUGUUUGAAAUAAUUUUAGAUCUCUAUUUUACAUUUCAAACAGAGUCUUGGAUUUUAUUUAUGGUAAGCAGUAUACAAUCAAGUAACUAAAAUAAAUACUAAACUUCUUUCCCAUUUCAAGGGGGUGACUUGACUGGAAAAGAAAGUAAUGCACCGGUUAAUUCUCCCCCCCCCCUUCUUCCAGGGAACCAGAUUUCUGAGACCCCAAACUCUUGGGUGUAGUCAGUCAGCACCCUUUUUGUGCAUGGCUUCUCUGAACUGGGACUUCCUGGACUUAGAAGAACUUGCUUCUGUUGUCUGUCCUUCUCUUUAGCUACUCCAUAGACUUCCUUCACACUGAUGGUACAAUGGUAAUGCUGGGUGAUGUGCAAUAAGGCCACAAAGGAAGGUGGGAAAACCAUACAAAGCACAGUGCUGUCCCAAACGUCUUGCAGAUAUCUGUGUUUUCAAGAUAAAAAUCUACUAAUGAAAUGUGUCUCUGUCUGUCAGAGAGACAAGAGAACAGAAAAUUCUUAAGUGCCUCUUUGGCAUUCAAUAGGUGAUAAGGUUUACAUGACCUAAUGUACAGUACUGCCGACCAACCUGCCCAGGGAUAACAACAUCUGGAUGUGGCUCUCUUGAGCUGUUCUGUGCCAGCUCUCCGGCUUCUGUGCCUGGAUGCUUUGCUUGCCUGCAUCACUGUUCCGGCCCUACCUCAUUGUGACAAUUUUUACAUUCUUGCAUCGAGACAAGUGUAACAAAUGCCAGCCCUUGAGAGACAUAACCUACCUUUUCUACCCCACCAUCCCUCCCCUAGGUCAGAUAGUCUCGGAGCGGAGUGGCUUGCUGGCGACCCCUAAUGCCCAGACUCCCCAACAGCGGGCCAAUGCUACCUCUGCUGCAUCUGGAGGAGUGGCAGUCAGGCAGGGCUCUGUUCCUCCUUCUCAGGUACCGGCUCUCCUUUGUACCAGUUCUGUCUCCCCGUGAUUGCCUGUCUCUGUAGAUCCAGCAACCCUUGGCUGGUUGGUCCACCUGCAUCCUGGGAGUGCCUGUCUCAGUGGCGGGGAGGUGCAUUUUAUGCAUGAAGCUGUCACAGUAACAACACACCAUGCGUCAUCAGUCGUGUGCCUUCUACAAGUAGAUAGUACGUUGCUGCAUGCCUUGGGCUAGCCUGCCGGGGCCCCCAUAGUGGUCGAUGGUCCAUGAAAUGCUCCAUAUCCAUUGGCUUAACGUGCAGUAACAGGCUUCCUGGUCCACCUUUCCAUGUAGGGUGUCCAGCAGAUGUCUCUGCAGACAAGCAUAUUGAAUAAGGGAGCUCUGCUUCAGCCUGUGCUGCCUUCCAACAGCCAGCGGCAGGCAAUCCCCGACUGCUAUAUCAAUGAUGCUAGUGCCUCUUCUGCUGGACAGGUGAGCAGGGAAGGAUGAGGAAGAAAGGGUCUCUAGAAUGGAGGAGGGCGCCUUUCCUGGCACUGCUUACAGGAGAUGGAAUGUGUCUUUGUGGGUGCUGAUUUCUCCCAAGGUGUGCCUUUCAGUUGUAAGCCUGCAGUCGAGGGCCACUGUCUUGCGCAGGACCUGUAACAAGUAAUGUAUCUUGAUGGAAAGUGGUGAGGAAGCAGCUUAAGGCUCGUGUUGGGUCUCUCCCUUGACUUUUUGCUCUGUUCUUUUGCAGCCAAUGGACAUGGGUGACGGCUUUGGCGUAGGUAAGAAGCAUGAAGGGAGCUGAAGGGGUUUCAGUGGAAGGGCAGGUAAAAGCUUUAAGGGCAGGCUGAGGAGCCUGUGGCCAUCCAGAUUUUGCAACCUCCAUGAGCUUUGUUUCGUUGUCUGGGAUAAUGGAGGUUGUGGUUUUAACAGCUUCUGGAGAGCCACAGGUUUCUGAUCUCUGCGUUAAGGGGUCCUUUCACUUCUAAGAUUUAGAAGGAACAUCAGGGUGGGGGUGAGGGGUUAAAUUAGGCAUCGGGCAGUCCCAUGGAUUAUGACAGAUUUGUUCUGCAUUUGGGCCAAGGAGGGCUGAUGGGAUCCAAUUUGGGAUGACUGUCUUUUGACACUUGUUUUCCCUUACUACAACAGAAGGAUCAUACUCUGGUGAAGCCAAUGUUUCUGGAAUGAAGAGGUAAGUGCAUUCUUUUUUUAUGUGCUGCCAUGUCUUCCUGGGGCGCUUGGGCCCCAUUCUGCAGUAGUUGACUUCCAAACCACACUCCCAUCUUCUCUAUUCUCAUACACGUGUGCUAUUUCAGAAUCUGGUGCAUUGUUGAGUGCUAAGAAUCUGCCUGCUCCAAAGGAAAAAGAUCUUGGCCAUGGAUUUGUAGAUUUGUAGGCUACUUUGAAAAAGUGGAGUGGUAACUUACCUAAAAUAUAGAGAUACUCUAUUCACUACCUCUUGACAGUAAAUGUAUGAGAUAGUUAUUGAAGGGCAGCAGCAUGCAGUUGCUGGGUAACUCUUUCCACCCCCCCCCCCCCCGAUCGCAAAAUGCCUGGAACAAGAAUUAUUCCUGCAUGAAAGUAUAACCUUAGGAGUUCUUCAGAAUACGACCUGAAUAACCUUUUGUUGUCGAACUAAAACUGAACCAGCAAGCAUCCUUGUCUGCAAGAGGUAAUAGGUAUUAAAACUGGUUGUGUUGCUGGACUGGAAUUCUUGGUGCAAACGAGAAUUUUAUUUUGCCCAUCCAUGUGACACAUUCCAAUCAAAUUUCCAAGCAGAUGGAAAGCUUGAGAGUUGCCAUGUUCUGGGAGCUCAGGUCUGAUCAUUAGGAAGUGCAUUUUGCCUUGAGCUGGACUAGAUAGAAGGCUGCUGUCUACUCAUUAAGCAUAUAAAACCAGUUCCAUCCUAGUUAACACUACAACAGCUGAAUGGGGUUGUACUCUUGCAGGAGUGUCAUUGAAUAGGUGUGUUGAAAGGGUGGUAUCGGUGGGAGACUUUCUUUUCCUACCAGGUAUUGCAGACUUCAGCUAGACCUUUGUAAUUUCUGAGGUUUAACAUACACGAUUUUCAACUUUAAAUCUAAGGCAAGAGGGCCUAGGACCUUAAAUUUCCUAGACUUUACUGUGUAUACAUGAAGGCCAGGCCUGCAGUUCCUAGCAUGGGUUUCCUACUAUGCUUCAGGUCCCGCGGCCAAGAUGGAGAGGGUGGCACCGUGCGCAAGGUGCCUCGUGUCAGUCUGGAGCGGCUGGAUGUGGACCUGACAUCGGACAACCAGCCACCUGUCUUCAAGGUGUUUCCUGGCUCUUCCACUGAAGACUUCAAUCUCAUUGUGAUCGAACGUGGGGUUCAGCAAGCUGCAGCUGCGGCAGCUGCCGCCGCCCAUUUAGCAGGGCUGCCGGCAGCAGUGAAGGUCAGCGUUGCCCCUUUAGCAUAGAUCUGGGUGGGGUGGUGAGUAUUGCUAGCUGCAUGUAGCGAUCCUGCUCACCUGUGAAUACCACCCACUUUUAAAACCACCAUCGCCUCCUGUUCAGUCCAUAAGGAGUUCCAAGUUUUGUACACAGUCAAGCAAAGUAAGUCCGUCCCGCCCACCACUGCUGAAAGUGUGGGCCAGAGCAUGCUGCUGCAGUGCCCAAGGGGUUGAAGUGUGCCUGGAUGAAUUUGACCAGUGAAGCAGGGAUGCCUGCUGCAGAUUGUCCCAUCUGUAUUCAUCCUCUCCCUCCAGCCAAUAUGACAAGGAAAUCUACUUGGGCAUCUUCGGUCUGCGUUAAAGCUGAAAGACGUAAGGAGCUCCUAGAAUAUCAUCAGUGUCCAGAAAAUAGCGCAGUCUUCUGACCCUUUGUCAUCUAGGCAGUGGGGAGGCUGGAUAAUAGGAGGACAGGUUUAACUGGCCUGUCCCGGGCAGCUGCAAGGUGGAUACCCGUCCAUCGUUCUAGGAGCUGUUCAAGGAAAAACCAGUGUGCUUUUUGAGUUGAAGAAUACUUGUGUGCUCCCCCCCAAUUUUAAUGAAGGGAGUAAAUUCCUGUGCGGUGUUGGUCUAGCCCAGGCAUAGGCAUACUCAGCCCUCCAGAUGUUUUUGAGACCACAAUUCCCAUCAUCCCUGACCAGUGGUCCUGUUAGCUAGGGAUGAUGGGAGUUGUAGUCCCAAAAUAUCUGGAGGGCCGAGUUUGCCUAUGCCUGGUCUAGCCCAAUAUUGACAAUGUGGACAUGAUCUCUGGGAUGUCUCCUGCAUCUAAUAAAAAUAGGUUUGAAAUAUAUAUAUAUAUAUAUAUAAUCAGUUUUCAUUUUUUCCAUUAUGUCAGUUAUACAUUUUUAGAUGUAUGUUCAGAAAUAUUUCUAAAACAUGAGACUAUUGCAUAAUCUGCAUCACUAAAUUCAUCCCAGCUGGUUUGUACGAGCAGAUUUAUUUCACCCUGUUCCCUAAUAAUGAGGGGGUGUUCUUUAUUCUUUGUACUGCUUUCCCUGUGCAUUUUCUCAUUGUGCUUCUGUCCUGACUCCCUCUUUGUCCUCCUUCCUCCAGGAGGAGCAGAUGGAGGCAGCUAUUGACCUCCCAGCUUCUGUUGACGCUAAAGACACUAAGCCAGUGGUGCUGCCCCAGGAUGCUUUGCUUCCAGAAGGCUCCUUAGCACCCCGGCUCAUCUCCCCCAGUGGCAGCACCAGCUCUGCUAUGGAAAUGCAGUCAGUUCACAGCCAUGAUGGCACUGCCAAUGGGGACGAAGCUGCUUCCUGCAGAGUCUGCAUGAAAGCUGGUGCUGUAGUCAUGUGUGAUGGCUGCAAGAAGUGCUACCACCUGGAUUGUCACCUGCCUGCUCUCCUGGAAAUCCCCAGGUAUGGGCUUCCCUAUUCCUGAAUGUCAUCUCGUGCAUCUUGGUGUUCCUCCUGCUGGCUCUGGAGGAGAAGACAGGGCUUGUAAGUCAGGAAUGGUGGUAGUGGCACAAGCAGCAAGCCUUAUGAAGAUGACUCUGCCCAAUUUUCUAUUCUUGUAGCGCUGCAGAAGGGAAGUCCUUCAGCAAAACACUUGAGUGCUCAGAAGACAUGGAAAUAGAUGCUUCCCCCUUUGGAAAUCAUCAAGAUGAAUUUUCCUUUCUCUGUGUUAUAUAAUCUGCAGUUAAUGCAGACUUAGUGUAUGUGGGAACAUUCCUUUGCUGGAGGGCCACAGGUUCCCCACCACAAUUCUAGGAGGUGUUUGAAUAGUAGACUUCUUCCUAAGCCAUCCACAGCUAAUCUUUGCAAACGUGUGGUGGGGAGUGCAUGAGGACUAUCUAGAUGAUGGAAUGGAACCUUAAAUCUCUGCACAGAGACGCUUGUAGAAACGAAAGGGUGAAGCCUGUAGGCAGCUCUGAUCUCUUAACUUCUCCACUUCAAAGGUAAUGGAUCUGCAGUGACCAGCCAAAUGGAAAUAAAUACCUAGCACCCUUUCAGGAUUAAAAAUAAAAAUAAAAAAAUUGUGAGGAAUGGAACCUGCUAAUAAGCCAUCUUAAAAGUAGCAAGAAUGGAAAGGAAAUCACAAAAUAAAAAUUCCAACUGCAAGUUGUCAGGAUUUCUCCCUAGCUGUACUGUAGUGGUGGCCAACCUUGGAACAAUACCUCUCUCUCACUUUGCCCCUGCAGCCAGGAAUGGAAGUGUCUGUUGUGUGAGCAGCCAGUGAGAUCCAUUGAAGAGGAUGGGACCGACUUGACUCCAGUCUCCAUAGAUGGGGAGGUGAAGAUACUGUCAGCUGCUGACCAGCAGGUACUAGUCUGCCUUGUCUUGAGAAGAAAAGCAGCUUGCUCUGGCUGAUGGUGUGGGCAGAGCUGGCUUGGGGCUUUGGAGAGCUGAAUGCUUCGUUUGGGGUUGACCUGACCUUUAAAGCAGACAAGGUGUGGAGCACAUAUAAUUAUAACAGCAUCCAAUCCCAGGAAUGGGUUAGGAUGUCCAUGUCACAUCGUCCCUGACCAUUGGUUUUGCUGGCUGAGACAAGUUCAACAUCAUCUGGAGGGCGUCGCCUUGGCUAACCCUGAGUUAAACCCCUCCUUACCUGGGAGUAAGGCCCACUGAACUCAGUGCGGCUUUCUUCUGAGUAGACAGUAGAUGCAAGUCAGCAGCACCAGGCGGCCCUGGUCGGCUAGGCGCUGGGGUGGAUUCCACCCUGCAGUGUCAGGCCCAGGCUGCCACCAGGCCCAGAACCGGCAGCAGCAACAAGCAGCUGUGGCUCGCUCCCAGUCCUACCCGUUGCCAUCCCACCACUGCACUUGCCUGACCUGGGGGUUCUGGAUUGCAGGCUCUACUGGUCAAAUGGGCCCACUCUCUUACCCAGUUGUGAUUGGCCAAGCGGCUAGCCAGCCAAUCAGGCUUUUUUUAUUUAAAAAAUUCCCCCUUCACUUCUCAUUUCACUCUGUGGCUCCCUAACCUCAUGGUGUGCCCCCCCCCCCAUUUACACAGUUUUCACCCGGGAGCCCCAGGGGGGCUAUAUGGACCAUCCUUCCCCAGUAUGGCACCUUUUGGCAGCAGCUCCUGUCAGCCUGCAUGACCCAGUGUUCAUAAUAACAAUAAUAAUUUAUUAUUUAUACCCUGCCCAUCUGGCUUGGCUUCCCCAGUCACUCUGGGCAGCUUCCAAAAAAAUAUAUUAAAAUACUGUAAUACAUCAAACAUUAAAAGCUUCCCUAAACAGUGGUGAUUAUAGAAAUACGAUCUGAAACAGGUUGAGGUCAGCUAGUCCUGGACCCUGCCAGGGCUAGGGCUACAGUGAGCUGCAUGGAGGUAUGAAAGGGUGGGCAAAGCAGCACAGUACUAGUCUUCCAAUAUGGACCUGAUUUAGGCAGCUGAUUCCUGGAUGUCACAAAGCACUGAAAUUAUAAUGGAGAGGACUUGACAAUAAACCUACACAUCCAUGUAUCUUGCAGGCUUCUGAUUUGCAGCUUAGUCACCUUAACUCCAUUUGCCACUAACCACCUUCUCUGUUUUGUCUCCCACAGAGAUGUGAGCAGGUUCUCCUUGAGUUACUGUGUUAUGAGCCAUGCAGGCCUCUCCACCGACUCUCCAAUACCAUAGUGAGUCUGUCAUAUGUGAUGUAAGGGGAAUGUUGAAUAUCUAAUCAACGCAACGGUGCUUCAUUUAGUUGUAAAAUGUUAACACGUUUAUGGCAAGUAUUAUCCCUUCUCCUUUUGUCCCCCCACCUCCAAAGUAUUGGAGUGGUUUUAUGGAUUUAAAUGCAAUUGGUGUCCUGUUCUUUCUCAACUCUCAGCCACCCAUUUCCUUCCAUGGAGAAGGGUAUUUUGUAAUACAGGAGGAGCUAAUGUGGCCUCUGGAAGCUGUGGACUGCAAUUCCCAUCAUCCCCAGCCAGCUUGGCCAAUGAUAAGGGAUCAUGGGAGCAACAGGAGGGCACCAUGUUGGCAACCCUUGCUCUUAAUGGUGUUGCUCCUCCCAUUUGCUCUAAUAGGCAGACCUCCAAAUAACCCUGGUAACCCCCCCCUUCACUCCUGCUUAGCUCCAAGGACACAUUAGUGGAGUUCUGCCAACUUUUCCGUUUGCCUAUUUCUAUCCUCUUCAGAGGCUGGAAGAGAGAACCAGUUUAAAAAAACAAAACCCAGAAGGGGUUACUUGAAUGGUUUAAAAGGCCUACAAAUGCUGUGGCUGUAUUGCUUCCCAAUUCAGGCAGGGAAAACACAGUAUUGCAUUAUCUUGGGAAUGUUUGGAGGAUCCCUUUGAAAAAGGAUGGGGCAGAGGAAUUCCCACCUGCUCUUAGGUAGCCAUUCACAUAACAGCAGGAGCACUCUUCCCAAAAUGCCACUAUUUGCAUUGCAAGCUUGCUGGAUGUCUUGUGGACUUCUUAAACCAUGUACCUGUGAUAGCGUGAGAGGUGCUGGAAGCACCUCGUCAAGACAGCUUGGUUUUUAUUCCUGUCUCCUUCUGUACUGCAGGAGGGGCAGAACACCAUUGACUUGACCUUGAUCAGAGCCAAGCUGCAGCGGAAGCUCUCGCCACCCUAUGGCUCUCCUGAUGAGUUUGCAGAUGAUGUCUGGAAGAUGUUCAGGCAGUUUAAUAAGCUGACAGAGGUAAGGCUUCCUCUUGCUCAAAAGGGCAGAAGGACGACAGGUUUAAGGGGGCUAGAAUGGGGGCUGGGGGGUGGAAACAGCUGCAACAUUUCCAACCAACCAACCAACCAACCUGCUACAGGACUACCCCUAGAUAUGUAGAAUGUAUAGAUGUGCCGUGUUUGAAUCUGGGGUGGGUUUUUAUUUGCUUACCAAUGAUAUUAAUUACUGUUUGAAUGUUUCUAAAUAACUUUUUAAUGGCAGUUUCAUUGUUUUACUAUCUUUGUAAAUGGCUGUGAAGUUUUUUUAACAGUCAAGCAGUACAGUGGUGCCUCGCAAGACGAAAUUAAUUCGUUCUGCGAGUUUUUUCGUCUUGCGAAGCACGGUUUCCCAAAGUCUUCAAAAUCACCAAAGUCUUCAAAAACCUCAAAAAAGGCUACCACACCGCGUGCUAUGAGUUGCUCCUCGAAGUCACCCUGGGUAUUAACGGUUUUAAGAAAAAGGAAACAAACUUGCAAGACAUUUUCGUUUUUUUUGUUUUUCGUCUUGCAAAGCAAGCCCAUAGGGAAAUUCAUCUUGCGAAGCAACUCAAAAAACGAAAAACUCUUUCGUCUUGCACGUUUUUCAUCUUGCGAGGCAUUCGUCUUGCGAGGUAACCACUGUAUAUAAAUAUUGUGACCUAUAUAAACUUUGUAAAUACUUGACUCUUCUCCCCCUCCCCCCUUUCCCUAUUAAUAGUUUAUAUAUUUCCUUUGGAAAUAUAUCCUUGGGUCCCCAAAUUUAGGGUUCCCCAAGCCAAAUACAGAUGGCCUGUGGUUUAUCUGGAUUUGUGGUUGAAGAUGGGAGUUGGCACAUCCACCACAUCCGAAUAUUUGUACUGCUACUCAGUUAUAUUCUUACUGCUUUUUUAUUUGUUAUAUUGCUGUAACAGCUCCAUAGAAUUCCAAUUGUAAUAACAGGCAGGGGGGAAAAAACAAUUAAGGGGUCUGCCAAGACCAUCAGCAAUUUUCAGGUGGUUGGGGUGGGGUGUUGAAUGUUUGGGAAUCAUUGAUAUUUACUGAGUAUAACAAAGACAAGGGAACCUUUGCAGUUCUCUACUUAGUGUUAACACUUCCUGCAAAUGUUUUGGUUAAUAUAAAAAACCUGUUUUACAGGUUCAUUAGUGCCCCUUAUUUAACAUAGAUAGAAUAUUUAUUAGGUUUCUUACCUGCUCUUCACUAUGAGGUAUUGGGUUACAGGUGACACCAAUUUAAUAACGCGUUAUUUAACACCAGUUAAAACUAAGUGCAGUCAUUGGAAUAGGAUGAGUUCUAAAUGGGCCAGCUCCUUUCUGCCCUUAACGUAAGUUGAACACUAUUUCUUCUGCACACACACACAGGGCUGUGCCUGGUUGUGUUCACAGGUUGAAUUGAGCCUGUUGGCUGACAACAUUGGGCAUCUAAAUCUGUCAGCAGCCUAACACUGAAUAGUUCAGGCAACAGCACGGCUGUAUGUAAUCCUGGGUGGAUUCCCUCAUGUGGCUUGUAUUUGGAGGAUAAUGAGCACUCUUGCCUGCUGCAUUCCCCAGCUAGUGUGUCAAGUGGGCAGUAAAUAUCCCUGAUGUCUCACUUUUGAGUGCUCGCUUGCUUUGCCCACACACUGGUUUUUUUGUCUCAUCAGGAUAAGGAGGAUGUCCAGUCCAUCAUUGGGCUGCAGCGCUUCUUUGAGGCCAAGCUGAGCGCUGCCUUUGGCGACCGGAAGUUCUCGGCACUCCGCGACCCCAUCAAUGUGGAUGAGCCGCAGGAAAGUGGCCUUCUCCCUGUCCGUGGCUCCCCAGCCACCGACCUUGGUGAGGCCACCUCUUCUAAGCCUGAUGGGAGCGGUGAGGACGAGGGAAUGGCCACCUAA